AUUUACUAGUUUCGUUGGGAUUACUGCACCAGGUCAUGUGCACAUUGCAGUUCAAAGGGUUGCCCAUUUCAGAAUUGAAUUGCAAAUAUUUAACGCUGAUGUUGCAUAUGACAACGUUUAAUAUGUACGGAGUAGCUGGUCUUUUGAGAGCCUCGCCACAUGUGGAAACAAUCAACAUAGAAUUGGAAUAUACGCUGUUAGAUGAUUUCCCGAUCUACAAUUUCUGCUGCAACUCUGAGUUACUUGAUUUGGCCAAAGAAGAUAAUAUGGAUUUGCUGAGUGGGGUUUCAAGCGUAGAGUUUCACAACCUCAAGAAGGUUAAGAUUGUCAUCUCCUCAGAUGCGUGCUGGAAAGAUCAUGUCAAAAGGGGCUUUGAAAAGGUUACCAAACUUUCAGAAUAUCUGUUAUUGAAUGCACCGGUUUUGCAGAAUUUCGUCAUUAUCAUAUCAAAGAGAAGAAGGUGCGAGACAUGUUCAAUGAACUGUCUAUCCCAACAUUUAUCUCUAUUGGCCGACAAAUUGUUAGGUUGUCCAAGAUCGUCCACCAAUGCUGCGAUUAACUUCCAGGAAUGA